UAUAUACUGCAGGGGUUUAAAUCUACUGAGCUUUCGUAUAGCUGUAUAAUACCACAGGUGAAUUCCUGUCUCUAAAUUUAUAUUUCGUCAUGGUAUUUCGAAUUGUACUCGCGUGUUUAGUCGUCGCCAUGGCAACAGCCUCAACACCUGUGGGUAGUUGUGUGACUACAACCAGCCCGGACUACAGAACAGAUCCCGAUGACUGUUCGGUGUAUUAUUUGUGCAUAAAUAAUAACUUGUACAAAUAUAACUGUUCACACCUUGUGUUCGAUCCUUGGACCAAAACAUGUGCAUCCCCUGGAUCCAUCUACGACAGCUGUACCAAGACGGAAAAGGAGACACAGGCUAACUGUCCCCCCGACUCCAGUGACCUGAUUCCCCACCCCACCCACUGUGCCCAGUACUUCAACUGUUCCGCGUCCAAGCAGGGAUACUACUGGCCUGAGCAUCUGAGGGAGUGUCCCUACCCCCAACUCUUCAACGUCAAGAACAAACAGUGUGAGCACUACAGCAUGGUCGACUGCGGCGACAGGUUUGAACCUACAGCUCAGUGCGACUACCGCGGGAACCAGUGCGAGGCAGCUCACUGUCGGCCCUGCUAUUUGACCUAACCAGUUUGCAAGGGUCUUCCUGACGGCUUGAACGAAUGGGUGGGGAUGUAUGACCCUGCCUACUUUGCCGUGUGUGUCAACGAACGUAUGGUGUAUUCGGGGAAAUGUUCACAGAAGUACGGACCACAGAAUUUCGACAAAGUCAGGAGGACGUGCUCUGAGCUCCUUGAUUGAAGACAUGAAGAUCAAGAACCGACCAUCUCAAUUUCUUGCACUUAGUACUGUUUCUAACCUACACUGUUAUGACUUGCUAUUCCAUAUUUGGUAGUGAUACUCACGUCAAUCUAACGUGAUGGUUAACGUUUUCUCUGCUCUCUUAAUCUGCAUUCCUUCUAAUUAUGAUCCAAGUAUUGGAUAUUUUACGUUCUGUAUACGAUUCUAGAUUAACAUGACCGUUACUAUGACUUCAGUGUACGUUGACUAUUGUACUUGUAAAACUGUUUGAAUGAAUACACUUCUCUACCAAUUA